AUGUCCGACGCCAGCGGCUCCGGCCACGCGGAGGCCAGUCAGGACGAGGACGCUCUGCCCACCCUCACCCUCGAGCAGACCAUGGCGUUGCUGAUUCAGGAUUUCGUCCAUGGCAGAGCACAACUGCCGCCGCCGCUGUCGCUUCCUCUGCCGCCGCCGCCGCCCUUGCCUGCAACCGUUCAUGACACGGCGACGGCGGGCAACGUUGCGCCGGGGGUCCCAGCCGUGAGCGACGCCGCUGCUUCUGAUCGCGACUCACUUCACGAGACCGAGGCUGCGGAUACCGCCGACGAGAACGACCAUGAGAACGAGAACAACGUUGCGUCUGACAACGAAUCCGAAAUUUCCAUCGAUGCUCCCGCGGCGCCGCCGGCCACCGGCCCUUUUGUUGGCUUCGUUCCUUCAUUGCAUUCCAUCACCCCGGAAUAUGCCACAACGUUGUUCAUAGAAGAAAAUGGCCGGACGUACAACAGUGCACGAGACCAGCAAUAUCCCCUACCCAAUGAUCUUAAGGAGCAGGACCGUUUAGGCGAGAUGCUCUGCUUUUGUCCCAAACGGAAGCGCGCCAGGAGAGUACUCGAUGUUGGAACGGGUACUGGCGUCUGGGCCAUUGCGUUUGCCGAUAUGCGCGCCGAAGCUGAGGUGAUUGGUGUCGACAUUAGUCCCAUUCAACCUCACAGUGUCCCCGCCAACUGCAGCUUCGAAAUCGACGACGUAGAGAGGGAGUGGGUGUGGCCCGACUAUUUUGACUUUAUCUUUGUCCGACACAUGAAUGCAUGUUUCGCAAGCUGGCCCGACUUCCUCGCGCGCGCCUUCAACCACCUUGAGCCAGGCGGCUUCAUCGAGCUCCACGACAACGCUUUCCCCAUCAUCUGCCCCGACAACACCAUGCCCCCGACCAGCGCCAUCGCUCGGUGGUCCGCCAUGCUGAUGGAGGCCACGUCGGCCAUUGGCCGUCCCAUUGACGCGCCCCGUCACUUCAAGGCGAUGCUCGAGGAGGCCGGCUUCGAGGCCGUGGUCGAGAAGAAGCGGGUCUGGCCCGUGAGCCCCUGGUCCUGGGACCCCAAGAUGCGCGCCCUGGGCUGGUGGGUGCAGGCCGGCAGCCUCGCGGGCCUCGAGGCCUCGAUCCUCAAGCUGGGGACGGGCGUGCUGGGAUGGAGUCGUUCCGAGGUAGUCGAAUUUUGCGAAGAGGUCAAGACCGAGUUGAGGGAGGCCAGGGUGCAUGGUUACUGGGAGGUAUAUUUCGUGUACGGGCAGAAACCGUUUCACGCCGUGUGA